UGUUAGGACUAUGGCAUGCUGGGAAAAGAGACCUAUUUCAGAGGUGUACAUAAAUGAACUUUAGCCACUAAUUACGAACUGCUAUAAGGAGCAAACUGGAUUUAUACACCUUAUUUUGUCAAUUUGGUGACAAUGUCAUGGUUAUAUCUAAAAGCUAAAUGAAGGUUUAUGUGUCCUCUAGGUGGCACUAGAGGAUCAUGGAUCCUGACGUUGUCCGCAUGUAUUCCUCCUCCCCCCCUCCUCUUGAUGAGGACGGAGAGGAGGAAGACGAAGACGACUUUGGUGAGUUUGGAGGUUACUGCUGUGAUGAGUCAUCUAGUUUCAGCUUCUCAGUGUAUGACACAACCACUGCGUUUGGUCAGUCGUUUGAGACGGAUACCUCACCUCCUGACCGAUACAACACGUUUACACAGAGUGUCGGUCAGCCAGAAAAAGAGUUGGCACUUAAAGAGGCAGAAAAGAUAAAGGACCAGGAAGCUCCAAAUCUCAAGUCAGUGGUUUGUGCAAGUGAUGAUUCUGUGGACUCUGGGAAUGGAAAUCUGGAGAUAUCUACAGUUCUUCUCAAUGGUCCUUUAUCCCCUGACUUACAGGGGGAGUUCUCAGUGGACUCUGCUACAGGGAAGCAUAUCACCUCAGAGCAUCAGGAUUUCAAGCUGGGUGACAAAGAUGAGCACAGCAACAACCCAAACUGCUUUAGUAAUGGCCCCAUCACUUUUUGCUCUGGUAAACAGCUGGUGUUGCCUACAGUAACUAGCACCAACAGCACAGAAUCUGUGGUAGUAUCUAGAGCGGAGGAUUCCAGCACAGAAUCUGAUAAAGCAGAGGAUCCUAUUGAUUCUCAUGAGAUACUGAAGGAUAGCACCUCUCAGACAAAGGUGUCUGAGGCUGUGGACACACUGGCAGGAGACGGGGUUACUGAAACCCAGGAAGGUGAUUCCAGUCUGGAAGUUGAGGAUCAAAUCAACAAGGAAAAAAAUGAAAAGGAGGAAACAGAAGUUGUUGUGCUGUCUGGUACUUGUGGACCAUCUAGUGCUUCCUUUUGCAAAAUACAGAUACAGAGUCACUCUGAAGUUCUUGAAGAUGUUGCCGAUACAUUGUUGGCACCGGUAGCAGAGAAUGUUCCAAUGUUUGAUACAAAGUUAAAGGAAAACUUUGAGAACUGUAACAAGGCUCCAGUAAGUCCUGUGGUUGAAGGACCCCUUGUGGUUCCUGGAAGCGUAGAACUGGAAGAAGAUUUUGAGGAAAUGUGCUUGCCUGUAGUUGACCCAACAGAGGAGAUAGACCACGAUGAUGAGGCAGAUCCAGAUGUAAAGGAAGUUAAGAGGGCUGUAGUUCGGUCUUCAAUGGAUUCGGAUGAGGACUUUGGAGAUUUCAGGGACGACACUCAGGGUUUUCCAGACAACAGCCAGACCGAAUCCUUGAGUCAGGAGGGAUUUGCUGACUUUGUGACCGCACUAUCAGACUGCUCCUCACAUGAUGAGUUUGCAGAUGCAGACACCCUGAAGGACUUGAAGGAAGAAGAUGAACUGGCUGCAGAAGAUAAAAAUGAUGUUAACGAUAACGAUGAUGACACUAAUAAUCAUGAAACAAUAUGUACAGAACUGCCCCCAAGCGAUAGCUUUGCAGAUUUUAGUUCGGCUCCGUUUGGAGGACCAGCAAGCACUACUGGUGAAAGUUGGGCAGAGUUUGGCCAGCAGGAGGAGUGUGAAGUACAGCAGGAGUCUUGGGCAGCAUUCGAAGAGGAACAGCAAAGUAGUACUGCGACAGCGCCCUCUAAUGAUAGCCUCCAGACUUACAAUGUGUUGAAAAAAACUGAAGUACACAAACUGCAGUACCUUUUCCAAAUCACUUUCCCUUUGGAGAUGGCUCCCGAUGACUCGGAUGUGCCGACCCUUCAGGCCCUGCUGGAGCCCCAGGACCAUGCGGAAAACAGGGAGUCUGGAGCCAUGUGGCGCCACCUGUUGGACAUCCACAAUGCCUACGGCUUCAAAGUGCAAUGGGUCGGCUCACACAGCAACAGAAUUUUGCUGGACUGCCUGGGAAUCUACAACAUUCUGUUUACUGGUCAGAACAAGCAGCCUGUUAUUGUACCCAUGUUUGCUGCCGGACUGGGUAUGCUUGAACCUACCAAAGAGCCUGUGAAACCUUCCUCCAUCUUUUCCGUAUCCUCACCUGGUCAGGGACGAUCCGCUGUAUGCACUCGGGUGGUGUCCUCAUUAAGCUUAGAUGAUGACGCACCAGGGGGCGCUGUCACACAACUCAACCUCGAUUUCUUUGGGCCGGUGGAGGACAGUAGCUCAGAUAUUGACACUGAGACACCGAUGCCAGGAGUGGAUCCAGAGCUGUAUGAACUGACCACUGCUAAAUUAGAGAGCAGUAAUGCUAGCAGUAAUGUAGCGGAUGCUUUCACCAGACUAAUGGAGACCGCUGAAAAAAGUAGCACUGUGACCAGGAAGCCCGAACAAGACGGAGAGAUAAGUCAGGAGGCAGCGCAGGUGAUCUCUCUCCUCCCCAAUCUGUCUUUCAUGCACGCAAGGGUCCUCAUGUUCCCUUCCACCCUGACUCCAGCGGCCAGUCACCCGUGACGUUCCACCUCCAGCCAGUUUUCACCUCAGCGGCUUUCGUCCUCCAGUGACCUCUGACCUCACCUGAACCCGUACCGCAGGUUCAUUCAUAACAACAAGAGAAAGCACCGUCACUUUCUCGAGCGCUGUUCAUCUUUUUUGUAGUGCAUGUUUUUGUGUUAAUCCUUUCUCUUACAUCUUUGUGCAACAUUUAGAUUCAACUCAAUCUGUGUUUUUUUUUCCUCUGAAAUUUCACCUGUGUAAAAAAACAACUGCACAUUUUAUUACUUGAAACCUCACUAACUUAUUAACAGAACAGACCGACGGAUCGUUAGAUACCUUUUGCUUUGCGCUCCUUAAAUUUUUACUUCAUCACAAACCUUCUUGAAGUCUCCUUUCAUUCCUAACUAAGGUAGACGAGUAUUAGACGUUUCCUUUGUGUGUUGACUCCGUCUCCUUUAACUGAUCGACGAGCAUUUCUUCGAGAAUGUUACUAAAGACGAGUUUUUAUUUAUAACCGUUACCAUAAGGUAAGCAGGUGUGUAUUUAUUAUGUUAUAUUAUAUUAUAUACAUUAUCCAUCUUCUUCAUGUGUGUUUGUCUGUAUUUAUUUUUGCCAGCAUGUGAGGUUGGAUUUUUGCACGUGACCCGAAUGACUGAUUGACACGUAAGAAUGUUCCUAUGGAGAAAAAAUAAUAAAUAAAUAAAACACGGUAUGCUUGAGAACUUUGGAGAAAGUAAAAGGAUCUUUUUUUUUUGUUUCAACCCAAUUCAUGUGCAUUUACAGCUAAAAUUUUAUCACGGAUUUGUUGUUGUCGUCCUUCAGCUGCUCCUUAUUUAGGGUCACCACUGCCGAUCAUCCGAUCCACGUAGUUUAAUUUUGGCAGAGUUUCACCUCAGAUUCACUAUUGGACACUCUUGGACACCCUCUUGGUUUGGAACCAGCAGUGAGACUUAUCCCUUUACCUGGGAAUCAAACCCGGCUCAUGCCGCAUCCUGCUGCUGGACCACCACGGGGAUAAACGUAUAAAAAUCAUUGAUUAUUUUAUCUGGUCUAGUUCCAAAUUUGUGCACAGAUUCUGCUCUUUUAUUUUUUGGAGUUAAUCAUUCAAGUGAUUCAGUAAAAUCGAUAACUACAACGAGUCAACAGAAGCUUCAUUCUGUUCCAAGUCAAAAGGGCUUAUCAUGUAAAAUAGUUCCCUCUGGAUGAUCGUAAACUUGGGGUAAACAGCAUCCUGGGUUAUCUUGUUUCACACUGCUCAUACUUUACCUGGGAUUAACAUUGCAAAGUUUAAUACUUGUGACAAUUAACACAUUACUUAAACAUUCCUAACACUAACAACUGCACUGUUUCUGUAUCAGUAAAGUAAUAAAAAUGCAUCAUUUACAGAAACAAGACUGGACCAAAUGUAGCUAAUAUGAGAGCAACGAUCAGAAGACUGAUUUAUUUUCCGCUCUUUCUAAUCCAGGAAUGAAAACAUCUCUGUAGAUUUUAUCUGUGCUGUUUAGCCGCUUUGUGAGUUGUCUUAGCUUUUAUCUAAUAAACCGCCUGUUAACACA